CUUGGACCGUCUCGGUCACAUGAUGGACUGCCCUGUCUCUGUUGCAGACAAAUUUCUGCCAGCAAAACUCCGUCCUCUUCUUAUUCCAACGUUUUCUUCUACGGAGUACUUCUUUUUCUCCUCCGCCAUUAAUGCGGUAAUGCCCUUUCACAGUAUCUUCUCUCUCUUGCUUCUCUGAAAUUAGACGGCCUCUUUUAGCUGCUUCUUCUUCUCUGUAAUAACAUCUCUCUAUCAUUAAACCCAGCAUUAAUUGCAGAUUUUUUUUUAAUUCUCCAUCAUUUGGAGUUUUAGAAUAUCCCCUACAAGUUAUUGCAUCUUCCUAAACCCGACUCUUUUAGAAUAUCCUGGCUGCUGAUUUGCUGAAUCGAACUCUACUGCGCCCUAGCCCAGUUCAUCGAAGAUAAGAUGAAAGUAACGGUAAGAUUUGGCAAAUUAUUAUAAGUGCAAUGUGGUUUAUGCCUUGGUAGGGUAGAAAUAUAGAAGGCAAUGAGGAAAAGUUCUACUUCGUUUCGCAAUUCAGGAACAUAUACAAGCCCAUCAACACCAGAGUACGGAGAUAAUCAUAUUGGUGGGGUCCAUAAAGGUUGGAGUUCGGAGCGCGUCCCUUUGCCCACAAACAGUAAUCGGAGAAGGAAUGUUACUUCAACUGCAUUGAUCCCGUUCAGUACUAAUGCAAGGGCGUUUCCAUCGAAAUGGGAUGAUGCCGAGAGGUGGAUCACUAGCCCAUUGUCAAAUUUUGGUGUUUGCAACCCAUCAGCUGCUCAACCUCACAGGCAUGCCAAGUCAAAAAGUGGCCCGCUUGGGACCUCAGGUCAUAUGUACAUGCCAAAUUAUUCACCCACUGUUCCAUUCAUUGAAGGGGGAGGGGGCAUUGGUAAAUUCACUGGGAGUUCACCAUUUACAACUGGUGUAAUUGUUCCUGAAGGCUUAUGCAUUCAUUAUGGUAAUUCCAUUAAUUCUAAUGCUAACUCACUGUGUGCUGAGAAGAGGAUUACUCGAGCUUAUAGUGUGCCUGGUCUGUCAGAUUCAUUGAGUGACGCCUCCUCAUUGCCUAGCUCACGAGGAAGGGUUGCAGAAACAGAUGAGUUGCAUGUGGUUUCAAGGAGGGAUAUGGCAACGCAGAUGAGCCCAGACGAGAGUAUUCAUUCAUCUCCCAAAGAACGCUCACCACUGCCUUCCUUUCCUCUCCCAAUUCCUGUGGAGGAUGAACACAACAAACACUCUGCUAAGGUUGAAAUUAGAGAUGUACAAGUAGACAAAGGUGUUUCCAUUUCCAACCACAGUUCAGGAAAAUUAGAGAAAAAAUCUCCAAAUGCCAUUGCCUCGUCACAUUGGAGUAUUUCCGAAGCAACAGGAAGUGGGUCGAAGGAGGAAGCAAGAAUUGGUGCAUGGGAGAACUUGCAGAAGGCAAAAGCUGAAGCUGCUAUUCAAAAGCUAGAGAUGAAGCUAGAAAAGAAGAGGUCUGCAUCAAUGAACAAGAUUUUGAACAGGUUGCGAUAUGCCCAGAGUAAAGCUCAAGAGAUGAGGGGUGCAAUUUCAAAAGGUCACGGCACAAAAGUUUCAGACAAAGCCAGGAAGCGUUUUAAGGUUUCCUUUGGAGGCUGCUUAUCCUGCCGCACUCGUUAGAUCUAGGUUCUCAAACUUCACCAGCACUGUUGAAUCCUAGUGAGUAAUAUAUUGCAAGUAGAGCUCAGCAUGUGUCAGUUUUUGUGCCAAUUUUGUAUAAAGGAACAGAUCUGUGUACAUCAUGAGACUACAAUGAAUGUUAUUUGUUGGGGUACAAUUUGUGAACCAACUGAUCCUUGAGCCUUGAGGAGUUUUUAAUCGAGAGUAGGGAGGGUGCUAAAUGAUUUGUCUUCCUUCCACCCCCCUCAUUUUUCGUCACACCCUCCACAACCUCCCACAGUCCCACUCCCCUCAAAUAGGAGAGCUCCCCUCCCGUACCCUCAAUUUCCUCCUUUUUAUCCUUCUGGAGGUUUGGACCCUGUACUCAAUAAACCUCAUGCUGCUAUAAAAGCAUUUCCAAAUUCCAAUAUGAGGUGUAGGGUGACUAGGGUCUAUGUUUAAAGGUACGUUUUAUAUGGCGAAGAGAGAUAUAGAGAAUGGCUGUUUUAAUCUAAAAUGAAUGAAGAGAUAUUGUGAAGGUUG